GAUGUUGUUGUUGCAUGUUUCACCUACUGACUUUAAUGGUUUCAACCAUAGACUGUAUAAAUAAGGUUUCAACACAUUAUUAUCCGGGUAGUCCAAUAAUUUCCCACACCUACUUUUUUACCGCACUUACGAAAUGUUGUUCCCAUAGCAACCACCAAGGUUUCAAAACAAAUCACAGCGGAUAUUUCACUUGCCCGGCAAACGCUGCUAGCUAACUACUUUAUCAGUUACCGUUACCUGGUGAAACUUGAUGUCACUCCGUAUUUCCAGUAAUUAAAUCUUUCCUCGGACAAUGACAAAUCCAGGCUGCCUUAAACCUUUCAUGCCACCAAGUCCUCCAGUCAUUGGUAAAGUCAGUCACCAUAGCAUUGAGCUGAGCUGGGAGAUAGAGGAGAAUGGACCACGGACAGGCCCACCAGAGAAAUGGACCCGCUUCUCUGUGGAGGAAAUGGACCCCAAAUCACACACAUAUGGGACUAUCUAUGUCGGGUACAGCAGUCACCACACUGUGGAAAACCUGGAGCCCAGCACAUUCUACCGAUUUAGACUGAGAAUCACAAGACCAACUGGGGAGUCCCUCUACAGUCCGGCUGUGUCUGUCUCCACCACACGUGAGCCUAUGAGUGGGAAGAACCUCCAUCGUGCUGUCAACAUGAAUGAUGAAGAGGAGGUGUCCAAAGUCUUGCAGUCAGGGACAGUCAAUGUGAAUGUCAAAGACAAACACGGUUUCACUCCUCUCUUGGUGGCUGCACAGAAAGGCUUUACCAGACUUGUCCACAGGUUGGUAGAAAAUGGUGCAGACGUAAAUAUAAAGAAUGGUAGCGGUAAAGACAGUAUGAUGCUGGCAUGUUUCUCAGGUCAUCUGGACAUAGUGAAGUACCUAAGGAAGUUUGGUGCCUCGUGGCAGUCCCAGGACAUGGGGGGUUGUACCCCCCUCCACUGGGCAGCCGAUGGAGGACACCUAGCUGUCAUAGCCUACAUGAUCCAAGAUGGCUGUGAGCUGGAUGUUAGGGACAGUGUUUCCCACUGGACUCCUCUGAUGAGAGUGUCAGCUGUCAGUGGGAACUCAGCUGUGGCUUCUCUCCUCAUCAGAGCUGGGGCUGAUGUCAACACCAAAGACAAGGAUGGGAAGACACCACUUAUGGUGGCAGUGUUAAACAACCACGAGAAGCUGGUGCAGCUGCUUUUGGACAGCGGGGCCGACCACCAUGUGAAGAAUGAGUUUGGGUCAGGGGCAGCUGAGAUGGCAAAAGCCUUUGGGAGAGAGAAUAUCAUCAGUCUGUUAGAAGGACGGAAGAGACAUGGUCUAGUCGACUAGUAAAUGGCUUAGGUGGACAGUAUCUUUCAUUUCUAAUACUCUAGGUGAAUGACUGUUGUUAAGUUUGGUAUCACACUGUAAAUGUAAUUAAUACCAUAAGCUUGUAUCUAAUUCCAAUAUCAAUGUUCAGUUACUCCAAUUUACACUGGAAUCCCAGCUUGGUAAAGGAGUUUAAUAAAUUUUUGUAUGUUAAUAUGUAAUAAUCGACUAAAGCAUAGAUAGUUUUAUGUUUUGUUACAUUUUGCAUGAUUUACAUUUUAUUUAGAAGUCAAAAAGGGAUUUGGCAAUAGCAGUGUGUUUUUCUGCAUGGCUUAACAUGACCAUACUGGCCAUACAGCUCCAGCCUCCAAAUACAGCUGUAAAUGAUCAA